AUGCAUGGUGGUGCGAGCGGGGAUCUCACCACAAAGCGUCUAGUGGGCAAGGACAAGCUUGUUCCAGCAUUUUUAAGCGUUAAAGGCCUCGUGAAACUUCACAUAGACUCCUUCAAUCAUUUUAUCGAGACAGAGAUUAAAAACAUCGUCCAAGCAAAUAAUCGUGUUAGUGUUCCUGAAGCCAACUGGUGGUUGCAGUACAAUAAUGUGUAUGUCAAACCGCCGACAGUGAACGAUGGAAGCGUUGUUGCAAGUCGCGUUUCCCCCCAUGAUUGUCGCCUGCGCGACCUUACGUACGCCGGGGAAAUCUUAGUGGACAUUACCUUUACACGUCAACACGAAAUCGUGUCAAAGAAAGGAGUACUUAUCGGACGAAUGCCUUUGAUGCUUAAAAGCUCGGCUUGUGUUUUGCAUGGUGAGUUUUUCAGCGUUCGACCGGCAGCGAACUUCCUAACCUUCCAUGAGGAUAUUUUAAAACUCGUCGAACCGUAUUCGACUACGAAUGGCAUUUUUGCGCCGCGUCCUAAGACUAAUUCACUAGAUUUCGCGUUCGUAAAUCCAAAUUGCCAUAUAUUAGGCAAGCUGCCUUCGUUGAAGUUUCUUCAGAAAAUAUAACUAGUUGCUAACGUAGCUAGAUAGUUUCUUAUCUAUAAGCACUUAUGUGAAAGCUGAGGGCCUGCAUCCAUAUGCAUGUAUACAUCUGUAUCUUGAUCGUUGUCUGGCCCCUUAACUUGGCAAAAAGAUGGCACGAAUUUGCUAAAAUUAUAUUGUCAAAAAACUAGCAUUCACUUUAGUGUAACUUUUUGGUAUUUUGAAAGAUUUCGAACUCCGAGUAAAGUCUGGCUAGUUAUCUCAGUUCCGACUCUUACUACUAUAUUUGAAAAGUGUGACUCGCAAAAUGGCAGUUAUGACCAGGUCUCACAUUAUUUUUAUACACAGGUAAAUCGCCCUCCGAGUUAAUGAAACUCAAGGAAUGCCCGCAUGAUCCCGGCGGCUACUUUAUCAUAAACGGUAGUGAAAAGGUCAUUCUCAUGCAGGAGCAAAUGUCAAAGAAUCGCAUACUUGUUGAAGGAGACACAAGCAAGGGUAUGGUCUGCUCUGUAACUUCGUCAUCCGCUCAAACGAAGUCCAAAACAAACAUCCUGCUGAAAGACGGUCGAUUCUUUCUCCAGCACAAUUCCUUCACCGUUGAUGUACCCAUCGUUAUUCUCUUCAAGGCCAUGGGGAUCACAGCGGACAAAGAAAUUUUACAGUAUGUUGGACGUGAACAGUCAAUCUGGACUAAAGUGGUACCUAGCCUGAAGCAGUGCAUCGACGCUAAGGCAAGUGAUCUUCCCUAUAUAUACAAGAAAGCGAACGCUCUUUUUCAAAGGCCACUUGUGUUUUGGACUGUUCUCUACUGUUUUAAUCAGUGAGUUAUUAGCAGACUAAUGUCAGAGUUGCCUUGCUUUAAUUACGUUUAUACGCUACAAGCUCCGAUAAACUCUAAUUAGAAUAAACACUAAGUACAUCCAUUUAUAGAUGGUUUGGCAGAUUUAGAAGUCCGAUACUGGCGCUCUUGGACGUAUAAUGUCUUAAAACUUUUGCGCAGGAGAUUUUGGGAUGUUAGUACUGCGUCGAGCAUAAGAGAAGCCUUUGAAGCGCUGGGAACCGUUGAGCUGCAUCGCUUGUCAAAGGUAGUAAGAUGCGUUUUGGACUCCAGUCCUCAUCAAAAAAUCACCACAAGACCCUUGACAACUAGGCGGACUUUACCUCAGGACAUGAGUAUGGGUAUUAUAUUCAUCCCCGACCAGGCUCUUUAUCAGUAGUUUGUGUCGUUAUCAAAGAAGAGCACUAUUAACUAAGAGAUAAUAGCGACUUUUGAGGGAUUUGGAGGGACGUUUGCAAAGCCUCGGCCUCAUGAUCGGUAAUUCGGGACGCACAUUAAUGGCCAGUGUUUUAACUUUGCGUCUGAUCUGAAGUACCAGUCAGACGCACAUCGUAACAAACAACCUUCGUCAAAAGUGCAGGUUAAACACUUGUUCACGAUACCUCUCGUGUGUACGGGGACUGCUCAUCGCACAGAAAAUUAUUUGCGAGGACUGAUCCCAGAUGAGAAAGAUAGACACCAGGCAGAAACUUCUGUAAUUGGAACAUUUGGUAAGUCUUGAUCUGGAUGAUCUAGCCUUCGGAGAAGCCGCGAUAUCCGUAUCUUCCUUGAGGACACUGACAAAGACUCAUCUAAACCCCGCCAGUCCGCACUGAGGAGUCGUAUCUCUCGUUGAACCCUGUCUGCUGGACCAGUACUUGAUGGAGCGCGUUAGUUUACCAGGUGAAAGAUUAGAUCAGUAUGGCUAGAGGUCCGAGUUAUUAAUUUACAAAGUUUCAGCGAAUAGAUCAACUCCAUAGGGGAUUAUGUACCCGCCGGCAAGUUUUUGUAUUUUUUGGGUCUAAGGUUAGGACUCAGUCAUCGAUGCCCCUGUACUGUCUAAUUAUGUACGUUUAUGUUGACAAACAUAAACAUUCAGCGGUGAAUGGCCCACUCUCACUGGAUUAAAUUUUCCAAACGAUGGAUUCCCCCAGGCUUAACUUAUCCGUGAACGGUCCUCCUGUAAGUGGCAUCAAAAACCCUUAAGACGGUCUGUUGAGGCAUUUGCCUGUGGGCAAGGAUAUCUAUAGGGCAAAAGUCCAGUUGGAAAUGUCCUCCAUAAGAGUGUGAGAACUAAUCCCACCAAACCAGCUGGAACAUUGGCACAGGCGCACUCCAAGAAACUAGUUUGACAUAAUAGCAAGGGACGACCAUUUUAAGCUGGAUCCAUAACUGUUGGAUGUCUAGCUUUUUUUCGCAACUUGUGUACCAUAAUCAACUAUGCAUUUAUUUUUAGACGCAAUAUGUCGUCCUCAAACAAUUAAAUUGUUAUUUAAGCCCGCAUGUCUUAACUUCUUGGUGGUAUCGCACCCCGCAGGCUGUAUGCCGCUGAACAUUUGUGGCAUAUAUCAUAUCUCAGUAAACCGACCGAAAUCCUUUUAAAAUGUCAUCUAAUAGAAGGCAUUUGUCAAGUGGGGUUGUAGUAUUGGUAGGCAUUAGACUUAACCGUAUGUUACCUCGUACGAAGUGUUAUGCUGCAGUUGCGUUCGGAAUUUUACCAGCGUCAUAGCGAUCCCAGUCAAAACGACUCCUUACUUGGGUUUAGCAGACAAUUUGAAAUUGUCGUUACUUUCAAUAAGUAGCAAUUAUUGUUACAAUGCAAAGCAUCGAAAAUUAGAAACUCGCAUUGCCUGUAAAUGUUCUUCACUAAACGGGCCAGAAACGUCGAUCCCCGAAUCUGCCGAGUGUCCUACCCAUAAGUCGUAGUCCAUAGCCCAAAACCAGAUUAUCCAGCGCGAAACUGGGAUGUAAGUUGUCUGACUCCGCCUGACGACAGCGGUCCCAACUGUGCGAGUUUCUUGUGUCCUAUAAUCAACAUUUUAAUAAUAACUCGGCAAUUAAUGGCAGUUUUGACCUACUACAGUAUUAAGUACAUCUCUUCUUUAUUGCUUGUUUUUGUCAUUCAUAAGUCCGAAUUGAAACUAUAGCAGCCCAGUAAGUUCUGUUGCUUUACUGCUUGUUUCUCGUUAGCUGCUGCCGACAAAAUGCAAUGCUUGUGAAACCGUAAUCCUUGCGCUAGCAGUCGUCUAGGGAAUACCCACUCACAGUUGAAAAAUCAAUCAUUAGAAACGAAGUUUUAGUAACUUCGGCUCUCAGACAGUUUCUGCGGUCCGUCCUUAGAGGUACAAGAAGAUCAACCAAUCACAGAGCUAGGUCUUGUGUUAUCAUGGGCAGUCGUAUCGGCCAUUAUGACAGUCCGAUUAUCAGUUUAACUGCGUUGCGCGUGUUACGCAGGCGAACUUGCAUCAUCUCUUUGUGACCGUUGAUAAUCACUUGUGCGGUCCUGCUGGCGGUCAGUGUAGAAACAAAAUUGGAGGCGUUUACUUGAUCCCAGGUAGUGGGUGGCCGCGGACAAUUAUGGGUCUUACCGCCCUUUUGUGUUCACGUUUCGACUUUGGAAUCAGGGUAGAUAGAGUUAAAGAGCUCAUAGGAUGUCUGGGCACUGCUUUUCCUGUUGAUUAUGAAACCUGAAGUCCAAUCCGUCAUCAACAUCGACGCCAAAACAUUAAUUUGUACUUCUAAAGGAUUGGGCUUUUUGUUUUAAAUGUUCAGAUCCACACUGUGCAAGACGCUUGCCGGUGGUUACAGUCCAAGCUGCGUCAACCUCGUUUCAGGCUCUCACGUCCAGCCGGCAAGACUAACUCGGAUAUCACUGAUCGCGAUGUUCAGGUGGACAUUCAGCGUAUGUUGCGUGACAUUGUUAUCACGCAUGUGCCCAUGGAGAAGAUGAACUUUUCUGUUCGAGCUCUAUUUCUAGGGCAAAUGGUGCGCUACUUGAUCCUCCUUGCGGAUGGCAAGAUUCCGGUAAGCAGACUGACUUUUGUUAUUUGUAGUAACUAGUUUUCCAAGCUUCAUGCCCUUAAACCUUGUGCGCUUUAGUUUGUUCCAUCAAACGUUGAGUCUCUCGCCUUUAUUCCAUUCUCGUUUUCCAACUUUGCGCAGGCGAUCCCCACUACCUCAUUACCUUAUUUUGUAUGAUCUAACAACCGUCAGGCGUCUCAAGGCAACAUUUCCUUAGGUCAGCUUUUCUCGUACCUCUGUGAUUUUGCACAAGCUGCAUGCUACCACUUCCGGGGCGGAACGAAAUCCUCUGACCACGCAGGAAGUCGAAUAUUUGUACUAAACAGUGCAGAAUAUCCUUGUCCAUAACUAACGCGAUCUGCUUGACUUCGAAGUCGAGUACUUCAACGACAAGAUCAGCGCGCAAUGCAGGAAGUUUGUGAUAUCCUCUUCCUCUUAAAGAUUGGAUUGGGUUGGAUUGUGCAUAUUUUUUAGAAUCAGAACAAUAUUGCAUAAAAGGUCAUUACUCCGGUGGCUUACUAGACCACUGAUGAGCACUUCCUACAUCCAAAAGGUAUAAAACUCAAACUAGUUCUGUCUUAUCGGUAUUACGGAAGUUGGUUGCUGCGUUUUACCCAGCCAAACGUUUGCGAGGCCAGCAAACCAGAUUUCUGGCCCACGUGCCUCUCUGCGACCUUCAUUCUCUUCGCGUCAGGAGAAAACAUGCACUUAGAACUUUGCUGGAACUAAAUAGUCAAGCAUUGACGUAUGUGCGAAUAUGUGGUGUAUUGUAUCGUCCUUUGAGCCAGAAUAAGCUCAGCCGUCUUGUUGGUUAGAGGAGCUGUGAACUACAAUGUCUUCGUUUGGUCGCACUCCGUAACUAGGUAUCAUAUCUAACCCCUGACUCGCCGUCGCAGUCCUUUACUUGACCUACCUUUGGCAUGCCGCAAGGGACAGCCUGCACUUGCAUAUAAAGCAGUGACUCCUCAAAUAAUGAUGGGGAUGCCGUGCUCGGGAAAAUCGUCCUGCCUUGAUGUAGCGUCUAAGCGGUCAGAAUAAUCAGAACGCCUCUAUAACCAGGCCAAAUCCCGAGUUGUAGGGGAGGACAGAAAUCACCAGAAUGGAGCGUGUAUUGUGUAUGUAACCCUUAGUUGCCCUCUCAGGUGGCAGUGGCCGCCGGCGAGGUCAGGACAUGUGUCGAGAGAAGAUAAUGACAACUGAUUUUGCAGGUUUGCAGGAACAAGUCCAAAUGUCCAGUUGGUUUCCAGGUGGUGCGUCUAGUCGCCUGUGUGGCAUCGGCUUAGGGCCGUCAUGUUCAAGUAGCGCAUCGACAGCUGCGACUGUUUGGAUGCACGUGUGCCCGAGCUGCCGGUCGAGUGGCUGCAGGUCAGCGCGUCCGACACCGCUCGCUGCGAAGGCGAGUGAAUUUGAGCCAGCGGGGUUUUGAACAAGGACGUCAGAUAUCACAAUGGCAGAUGUCAGCAACAAUGUUCUGUCUGCUCUUUCCGAUGCCCAGGGGUUUUUUUAUCUUUUCCUUUCAUUUUUACUUCUGACUUCUGCGCUUUUUUACUUCUUCCCACCUUUCGUUUUCUUUCCUAGCCUGAUGACCGUGAUUUCUAUGGAAACAAACGAAUUGAACUGGGAGGCUCCCUCCUUGCCUUGCUCUUUGAGGAUGUGUUCAAGACCUUCAAUGAGGACCUCUGGCUGACUGUCUCAAAGUUGGACACGAAGCGUCGCGUGGCCCCAUUCGACAUUUCGAGGCACAUCAAAACCUGGCUCAUCACGGAGCAGCUCAAUAGGGCCAUCUCCUCAGGCAAUUGGAUAAUCAAGCGCUUCCGUAUGAUGCGUCAGGGUGUCACACAACUUGUCAGUCGUCUGUCCUAUGUUGCGGCUCUCGGUCACAUGACUCGCAUGACAAGCCAGUUUGAAAAGACGCGGAAGGUCAGCAUCUUAAUAAUUUCGCAAAUUAUUAACGAAAGGACUUGGAGUUAAGUACCCGGGACAUGACUUUUUAGGGUCAGUCCCGAAAUUAUAAUGAGCAUUUGGGUCACAGACGAUUAAGCUCUGCCGAAAAGCCCUGCAAUGCCCUUUCUACAAAUUCGUACUAUAUGACUGAUUUCACCAUACUUCUAACAUAGGUACUAGACAAAAGGCAUGGAAGUCUCACAGAAAACACUGGGGGCCCACUGAAGAGCCGGACACCGUGCGGUUGCCUUAUGCAACAGAAACAUCGGCAAAAAUGUCUGGGCUUCUAGCUAGUACCUGUGUUUGUAGUGUGGUGAAACCAGCGGUUGCUCGCGGGGCUCUAGAUUGAGCCCCAAAGCACAGCGGGACGAGUGUGUCCCAUAACGCAAUCGGUGGGCGACACUACCAUUGUUGAUAUGAUCGACCGCAACUGACAGGACGACGAGACCGUGGCUCAAUGGUUAGGGCGUUGGGCUUCUAACCAACAGGUCGCGGGGUCGAGCCUCAGGGGUUGCGAAAGACUUCGAACUGGCUACGGCUGGCUGAUGACUGCCGAUAAGCCAGAAAUGGUCAUUCCAGUGUCCUUUGUCUUAUACGCUGGCGAGUGCUGUAAUUACCACCAUGUAGAGGAGUAGACGGCAAACACAGCCCCACUACGUCUCUAAGGCGACUGAGCACAGUAAUAUUGGCCCUCGCCGACAGCAGGCUAGGUGUCGCCAGAUCUGGAACAGAAGCAGGUCCUAUAAGAGGAUAGUGUUAAUAACAGAAGACACAUCAUGGGGGCCACCUGCAGCAAUACCUGAAUACGUCAAUGCCAGGCCCCGGCGAAGAAAUCUGAGGUUUCUCGUCCGAGGAUAACCGGCCCCAAAAGACCUAUAUAAUGGGCAGAACUGCGCCAUGCAAAAAUCCACUUUUCCGGCGCCGAAGCCAAGUGCAACAGAGGCUGUGGGAGAUAGAGAACAGCUGUCUGACUUGCAGGGUAGGGGAAAUCUAAGCAUGCGCUGGUCGUUGCGGGCAGAAGAGCUUUUUCGCAACGACCAAGCUCUUUCCGCAGCAAUCGAGCCACAGGAAGGAAACGCAACCUGUACGACACUGUUGUUGGAGAAGUCGUCGACUCUGGGGCCCGGGCUGAACAAUUCAAGGUUAUCCCCACUACCGGAAAUGCAUCAAGUGACCGGCUUGGGCGAGAACGAAUGUUGACUUUUAUCAUCAACUUUUCCCAUAGGAAACCAAGAGGCCAAUGCGGAUGCCCAGUUAAAGAGUCCCUGGUGCUGACCCACUCACAACAGAAGUCUGCGUAUACGGUGGUUGUCAACUCCCGAACGGGUUGACCCCAAUGUUCAGACGUAGAGGCACAGCGCAACUUCCGCAAGACUUCAAUGAUGCUACGACUUCUAAAAAGGAAAUGGGCACGUCUGUAGCCAUCGCGGCGGCACCCCGCAGGAGCUGCUAGUAAAGCCUUUGCCCGCGUUCUCAAUUGCCAAGAUGUUCACCUGGAGCAGGGACUUCUCCCAGAAAUACAACGUUCUCUGAAAACGCCGCAGUUCUCACGAUUUUCACAGCCUGAGAAUUUCAAGAAAAGUGUUGAGAAGUGGAGAUCGACGUCUAUACCACAUUUAUCGCCCUUAUUAAUGACUUUGACACUGAACGGAGACGGAUUAAGUUCGGCUGUCCAUGAUGUUAUGAUGGCGCGCACCGUGGAUAGUUAUUAAACCUCGGUAACCAUUACAAUGACAAGUAGGAUGGAACGGGUUUGCGUGCUCGCCCCCAUGCCUACUCGCCUCAUGUUCCUCGCCAUGCUAGUUGGCGCUUUAUAUGGCAAAAUGACUUUUCCGCGUCGUGAUAGACUAAAACACGUUGGAUUUAUUAUGACAAGGAACAUGUUGAGUUGCCAUGGGGAAGUGUCAUGAUGUUCGCCCCACGUCUUUCUUUCCCCCCUCAUGCACUAGUACCCAGUCCAAGACUCCGCCAAUGGAUAAUUAGGGUGGGUGCUGUGGCUGACGUGGCAUUAGUCUCCGUAUAGCGCUUACCACAAACGUGUGGCGGUGGUUAGGAGCCCAGCGCAUCCCGAUUGGCGCAUAGCAUCGGCCAUUAUGACCUUUUCGAUCCACCAAAACAACGGCGCAUCCCGCUUGGGGGCCUAGGUGAACAACCUGCCCACACAAGACACCACAAUCACAGAUGAGUUCGCCCGCAUUCCCUGCCCCCCCCAUCCCCCUUUUAUAACAUCGUGUUUCGGCACCGGUUCGUCCCGGUAGUGAAACCGGCUUAAUAUGACCAAAGACAGUUAACCCAACACCGGGUCUGUAGAUCGAAUUAAAUUUUGAGCAAGGCCCCACUACUGUUAUCAAACAUAGUUGGUCGUGGUCCUCUCUGUAAUUGGCUAAGAACUAUCACAUAUGGCAUUAAAUGUCUGUCCUGUAUUACCUCGUUUUAUGCCUGACUUUCUUUACCGCCGUUAUUUCGCUCCCUUCGACGACGCAAAAUCAGUGCUGAAUUUCACUUAGACUAGCAUAUAUUCUAUUGCUGAAUGUGCCUUUGUAGGAGUCAUAAGGUCGUGGUAGUUGCAUUUGUUUGGAUAUUAGUAGCCCCCGUGUUUCUCGUCCAUCUGUGUCCAGCUGUCUUGAUUACACGCGUUUGUUGUAUCUUUUAAUACUCUUCGCUGAACCUUUUAGAAAAACUCACCCGAGAAUAAGGCGUUUUGUCUAUCAACACGCCCCAUGGAUUCCUCCUGACGAAUAAUGCUUUUAUCUUCAAUUUGCUCCGACUACCCCCUUGUUUUUCCGUGUACAUCUCUUCUAGAUUGCCGGUCCCCGUGCCAUCCACUCUAGUCAGUGGGGCCUUAUCUGCCCGUCAGACACUCCCGAGGGUGAGGCUUGUGGAUUGGUCAAAAAUGUCUCCCUUAUGUGUCACGUAACAGUUGAAGUUGAUGAUACCAAUCUGAUACAGUUGAUCAGGAGUUACUGCGUGUUCCCCCUUCGCGAAUUUAGCUACGGACCUAAUGAGUAAGCUAAUGUUACUGCCUUCCUUUCCCGAACAACCGUCUGUCGGUAGUUCUCUGACGCUUAUCUGUUUUAUAAGUGCUAUGAGACUUAAAAACGACCCACCAUCCUUUAUGAAUUUUCUUCCGGAACUCUGUAGGUACAUUGUUUACGUGAACGGCAAACCGAUCGGCUACACAGAGGAUCCGCAAGAACUAGCUGCGGUGGUUCGUGGCCUUCGAAGAGCUCGCUGCAUUCACGAAUUUGUCUCCGUACAUAUAAAGCCUACAGUUAAAUGCCUACAUGUUGUUAGUGAUGGCGGUCGUCUCUGUCGUCCCUACAUCAUCGUAUCCAAGGGCGUGCCCCUUGUUACGCAGGAUAUGCUUGAUGUAAGUCCUCAAUUGACCCGUUGUUUCCCUUUUUCCCCCGAUGCCGUCGCCCCAUAACCUGGCACAUCCCGCAUGACGUAUUGUAGGAUUUGGCCGCCAAUGUACUUGGCUGGGAGGACUUCCUUGCCAAGGGCGUUAUCGAGUAUGUGGACUCGAACGAACUCAAUGACUGUCUUGUCGCGAUGGACGAGAGUGAAGUCAGCAAAGCGACAACACACAUGGAAAUUGAUCCAGCAACAAUUUUGGGUGUUGUCGCCGGCCUAAUCCCUUAUCCGGACCACAACCAGUCACCUCGAAACACUUACCAGUGUGCUAUGGGCAAACAGGCUAUGGGUACGAUUGCGCUCAACCAACAGAUCCGCUUUGACACUCUCCAAUUGCAGAUGGUCUACCCUCAGCGUCCGCUAGUCAAAUCAAGGACAAUUGAGAUGCUUCACUUUGAUCAACUGCCCGCCGGACAGAAUGCCAUUGUGGCAAUUAUGUCUUUUUCUGGUUAUGAUGUGGAGGAUGCUUUGAUUGUAAACAAGGCUUCACUGGAUCGGGGCUUCGCGAGAGCCUGUGUCUAUCGGCGGGCUGGUGCUCAUUUGAAGAUGCACGAAAGCGGUGUCUACGAUCGACUCAUGGGUCCUGUCAUAGACCGCGGUAGGUUGCACUUCUUACUUGUGUUUGCAACGUCAUUCAUGACAACUGACACGGUCUCACAGUAACUUUAAGUCAUUACGAAUGAUUGCCCCCUAUUGCAGUCGGUCCGCGGUAGACUCCGGAAAAAAGCAAGUUACUUGGUCUGCUGCCCCCAACCCUCCCGGUCCGACUACUAGGAAGCCUGGAACGUGCUUGAGGUCAGUUCUCACAGCAUACAUCCGCGUCUCUAACUAGCAAUCUUGGCCUUGUCGUAGACCGAGUUCACAAGAGAUGUCGUCUCAAGCGUCUUUUCCUUCAGGUUGGCGUAGCACAUUAAAAAGGUCUGCGGGUGGGGGAGGGGACGGUUGAUAGGUCGUGUUCCCACCAACUUUGUGAUCGGUGGAGUACAAGCACAAUCGAUUGAAUGUAUCCGGACGAUGGAUAACUGCAGAGCGCACGACCUGUCUCGCAUCUGUACGAAAGAACUUUUUUGACGGAGUCCUUGUAAACUCAUGGCUUGGUCUUCAGACUAGCUUCAGGCCGAUUCCAGAGAUUGGACUAAACCCACACACGCCUAAUUGGCGCGAUGGUUGAUACUGUCAAUAUCUUGUCUGUUAGACCGCAAGAUGUCCAUUAUCUCAAGUGCCUUAUCCUCUCUCGUGGACCGGCGCGUAUAUACGAACAAAACAUUGUCUCUUUGGGAAAGAUUAUUUUAGAGCUCAAUUCGACUAUUCUCGCCCCUAUAUUGGUCAACGCAUGUUGAAUCGCCCAAGUAAACUCUCCAUCACGGCAACGCCACGAGCGUGGUUAAAAUCCGUAAUGCAUGGAGCAAAACUUACCUCAACAUUGGGGUGGUCUACCGGCGCAUGUUGGAGGACUCAGUCUAUUAUGUUAGUAAGAGAAAAUUGUCCCGACGGAAACCGAAAUCACCCUCCUCGCCAUUCAUACGGACUCUAGUUCUUGUUAUGUGAUGGUACAGUGCGUGACCUAUCUCAUGAAAUGUUGGCUGAAAUUCUGAAAUUCGUUUUAGAUUAGGAAGGAUUACUUGGUCGCGGUUGUGAUACUGAUUGUCAUAAGGCAUACUCUUAUAACAUUUUAGACUCGGCAGGAUGUCGGCUUUAAAAUGCACUUUUUUUCAAUCACCAGUAGAAAGCGUGCUCGGUAAAAAAUGACAACUUAAGUAGCAUGCAUUUUUCCCAUUGAUUUUCGAUGGUCUUGGAAAUUCAAAUAUAUUUUAUAGAAACCAUAAAUAAAAAUAUGCUUUCUUUUGGUCAAUCAGUAGAGAAUCACGUCUUCUUUAUAUUUGACGCUUAAGGAAGGAGUUUAAUUAGGUUUUAAAAAGGUUUCUAAUUAUGAGACUUUUUAAGACCGCGAUAUGUCCAUUCACAUAACAUCGUACCUGGCCGUUUACCACUGCUCCUCAUUAAAUGUACAACAUGGUCUGCAUCCAUUGCAAAAUUUUAUGGACCCUGUAUGAUAUCUCUUUAAUGACAUCGAAACUUUUUUAGAACCUAAUUAAACUCCUUCCUUAAGCAUCAAAUAUAAAGUAGACGUGAUUCUCUAUUGAUUGACCAAAAAGAAAGCAUAUUUUUAUUUAUGGUUUCUAUAAAAUAUAUUUGAAUUUCCAAGACCAUCGAAAAUCAAUGGGAAAAAUGCAUGCUACUUAAGUAGUCAUUUUUUACCGAGCACGCUUUCUACCGGUGAUUGAAAAGAAGUGCAUUUUAAAGCCGACAUCCUGCCGAGUCUAAAAUGUUAUAAGAGUAUGCCUUAUGACAAUCAGUAUCACAACCGCGACCAAGUAAUCCUUCCUAAUCGAAAACGCAUUUCAGAAUUUCAGCCAACACUUCAUGAGAUAGGUCACGCACUGUAUGCUUGAAUCGGACAAAGUGGUUUCGGCGGCAUGCCAUCAUGCAGCAUUAACGGUCGUAGGGAAUCCCGGUGAUGGGGGUAUGAGCUGUUGGCAAGAGUAGCGGUAUGAGGAUUCGGAGAAGGCAUCCUCAUCUGAGCUGAAGAUGGCACUGGUUCUUUUCCGCAGAUUGCGGUAUAGACAGAAGCAAUUACUGUGACGAUUUGAGUGACAAUUUAGAUGACACUUGUGCUACAAUACUUCUUCCAGUGAUCUGCCACCUUCCUUCAUGUCCUCAGGUACGCCAACGGUGCCACUGUCCGGGUGCCGUUCCUAAUCCUAAAAUUGGGUCCGGAUGCCAUGUGAUCGGUCUAACGAUAUGGCUAAACAGGAUCCACAGGUUUAUACUCAUUGGUCGGCCCGCCAGAUGCUGUGGUUUCAUUAAGUGUCGCUAUCGCUUCCAAAACCUCGACAGAUAAUGGGCUGCACUUGUAGCUAUAUCCCACUGACGGGGCGUCUUGAAACCGGUUGAUUCUAGGCAUUUCAUAAGGUGAGCUAAAUGCUCCUAUCACCGAGCUGUGUCUCGCCUGACGUGUACCUCGUCACCGCAUCCUUUUCUCCGACUAUCGAAGCCAAAAUCCACUUCAACCUCAUACCUCCAUAGCCUGAGGCGCAGUGUGUCUGCAUCUUUCCAAACAACUUCUGAGGACAAUGGGGCAGGGGAUCUGGAGUUUUUGAAAGCCUCUCCACAAGACCACUAGCGACUUCAGCUGGACUUUCCGCGUGAAGUACUUAGCAGACUGCGACAAUCCCAAUCUUGCUUAACAAGCUUCUCUCCUUCGUUCCUUAUCUCUUUACCAUCCCCCUAACAGUCAUGGUUAUCCAUGAUGGUGCUGCCACCCCUCAAAGUAAAUGUAACCCCUAAAAUUAGUCGAACGAGAACCGUGUUUUUUUCUGUAGAGACCGGCCGACCACGCCGUGAAGACGAGGCCUUGGAGGCAGACGGUUCCGCGGCGGUCGGUGCUUGCAUCCAAAGUCAGCGCAUCGUCAUCAACAAAGAAAUGCCCGUUGUUAAACCAAGUGCGGUGAAAGAAAACGCUGGUCAGUUGGCUUUGCACUCCGCGACGCCCGCCAACGUGGUAAUGUUGCCCAUCCGUUCACAUUGUGAUUGUUUGCUUAAUGUGCGUUAGUAUCCAUUGUGCGUUCCUCUCCAUAAAUGGGAAUACGCACAUUAGCGUUUUUAAUUGCAUCAUGUGGUAUCGUGUUCCAGCAUUCAUGUAUGAAAAGCAUCUUUGAUGUAGGACCAAGAGACCUUCAGCCGAAAUCCAAGCUGUUCUUGAAUUCACUUGCGUGCGACACCCAUCGUCAGUGAACUGCAAAUUAAGCGUCUUACAAGCAAGUGCGCGCCAAACCACCAUGAGUCGCCGCACGCUCCCUGCUUCUGAAAGUGCAUCCAGAAUGCUUUUCCCUCAUUCAAAUUUAAUUUUGCGACCUCCAAUUUUGCAUUUGAAUACCCUACUUAUUAACCCCGACUCAGCUGCAAUACCAUUAUUUCCACAGUGCAUUUUCCCCUUAUACACAGGUGGAAUUUAAGCGAUGUCCUUCCGACUAUCGCGGGAUCGAACCGUCCUUUGUCGACAAGGUCAUGUUCUCGACUUCGGAGGGCAACCAGGCGGUCGUAAAGGUUCUUCUUCGACAGACACGCAGGCCUGAGGUGGGAGACAAGUUUUCAAGUCGCCACGGCCAAAAGGGUGUCGUCGGACUCAUCGUACCGCAGGCUGACAUGCCCGUGUCGGCGCAGGGUAUCUGUCCUGAUAUUAUCAUGAACCCUCAUGGAUUCCCAAGCCGCAUGACGGUGAGUUACUCUUGUUUUCUGACCCAUUUCGCCUAAUUGAUUCUCCAAGAUUCGAUUUCACUAAGUGGGCCACCUGACUUUCCUGUAGGUGGGAAAACUGAUGGAGUUAUUGGGCAGCAAGGCAGCCGCCGUUCAAGGUCGUCUUCACGAUGGCUCGGCGUUUUCGGGCGACCCAGUGGAGGAGCUCUCUAAGGUCCUUUCCAAUCAUGGUCAUCACUAUCUAGGCAAGGAGAUCCUCACAUCUGGUGUAACAGGUCAACCUCUGGAGGCCUACAUAUACUUUGGCCCUAUCUACUAUCAGCGCCUAAAACACAUGGUCAUGGAUAAGGUGAGUGGCUCUUUGCACCCUUCCGCUACAAAUAAGUUGGUCCACAAGUCCCAACGCGACAGUCCAAAUUCGACAUCUUAACUACCCCAUCUGCGAUUUGAAGUUGCUCUGUGAUAAGGUAGUGCAGUAUUAAACAGACUAGGUUACCACGUAAGUUGUUCCCUUUUCUUUGUUGUCCUUCUGUCUAUGUAGGUAGUGAAUGCUUCCCGUACAUGAGUGGAAACUAACUCAUCUGUCACACCCACUGUCUGGGAAAUUGUCUCCUUUAAAAUCAGAUCCGAGAGUAUGUUUGAAACUCUGAAAGGCCUUUACUUUGGAUGUAGCCUAAUAUCCACUUAUUUUCCAGCGUAACCUCCAAAGCAUAUCUUUCAUUAUUGGUUUGCCGUUAUAUUUUGCGAGGCUUCGGAUGUACUGUCAUAGCCACAUGACAGUUCGACCGUCGUUUCCGAUGAUGUCCAGCGUGUGCCGUACAGAAAGGGGGAGCAGGGACAGUGACUUGCGCGUUAAUUAGUUUAGAGUGAUAGCAUACUUGCGCAGCAUCUGCCGCACUCUCUCUUCCCCACUUCCCACCUGAAUCCGGUGUCAAGACAGAGUCAAGAAGACCGGAGACGAUGGAGAUCGCAGGUAGAUGGCGCGGCCGAGCCCGCACCUCGGCGUUACACUCCACAUUCCCUGGUCGACACAGCAAAUGACGGGGACUUUUCACCAACAACACCCCAGCAGGGGUCAUAAGGACGGGGAUGACUGAGCAGCCAUGCCCACCAUCUUUAUACCGAGCGGGAACGCGAGCGCAUCUACCGGCAGAGAACCAGGUGUCAGGGAACUGCCAGCGCAUGCCAGGCUGCGAGGGCCAGGGUUUGCUGAUACUGGCAUAGCACACGCUUUCAGACCUUUUGACACAUCACUGGCUAUACAGCAGCAUCAUGCAUGUUUAUAUUUCCUCUUGCAAUUUACGGUUGUUAAUAGUCUGCUUAGAGGUACCAUCAGGGGUGAGAUACUGUCACUGAGACAUCCAAAAAGAAACAUGCGAUGUUGUGGUGCACCGAUUUUCAAGUGGGUGUUGGAGAAGAAAGUUCUAGAGCGCACACUGCCCAUACUUCUCUGGUCGAAAUGUCGAAACUAUUCAAACAGCAGACUUAGAGGUUUUCUUGCCGUAUUUUUUUACCGCAUUCACAGGCUGAUUCUCAAAAAUUCUACUCGCUAACACCUAUGACACCCUGUUUGCAGAUUAAAAUUCAAAAUCCCUUUCUAUAUUAAGUCACUAAUCUACGUUUUUGUAUUGGUCAGUUUGUUCUGGUGCGGAAUUAGGGCAUUGUAGCUGCUGUCAAGAUAGUUUGGACAUCCCUUUUUAAUGUGUGUCAAAAACGAACCUGCGUAACAAAGGCUAACUAAGUAGUGAGAAGCAAUUGGAGGGGGUGUGCAAAAUGCACGGCGACCCUUUCCUUCGCAAGUGAGAUCGACACAACUGGCCGGACGUCGUAAAAAAUAAGUCUUUCCGUCUUUAGACAAUGAUUUACGCCGACUAGAACCGCAGCAUCAGUUGCAGCGAGCAGGAAGCUGCAAGAUUUACUAACAAACAGAGUACCAACCAUGUCAGUCGGUGUUUAGUGCAGUUUGGCGACAUCCUUCUGUGACCGGAAACGAGGAGAGAUGGAAGCCAUGAGUCACUUCAGACGUCCUUACUGGAAGUCGCCCCGUCCAGCAGACGGGAAAUCUGUUGGCCCUGAAUUCUGCCCGGCGAAGCAGCAGAACUACGUCGAAUUAAAGUACUUUCCCAAUGUAGCGUAUAUUUUCGCAUGUUUUCGACGUUGCAAUCAUGUCUGUUCUCUGAAGACACUUGUAUAUCGGCUUAUGUGGCUAUUCGACAUAGCCACCUGAACGGAUGUACAAGUGUUUUCGGCGAACAGACAUGAUUGCAAUGUCAGAAACAUGUGGAAAUAUAGGCGACAUUGGGAAAGUACGUCAAUUGAACACAUUUUUGAACCCGGCGAUCCUACAAGAUGCUAUUCCCUCGGAAAUGGCUAUUCGAGUCAAUUUUCGACAGAGCACCCAGCCAAGAAAAGUGGGCACUAGUAAAAAAUAUCUGGUAUGGCUGGGAAAGGUUCUGAUGGCAGGAGAGUAUUCCGCCACGUUUUAAUUAAGACCAGGUCACUCCAACAUAGAUCAAGCGAUAUUUUACUUGAAUUACCAGAUGUGGAACUUCGGAUAAUGGACUCAGUCUUACGCGCCAUAUUUUAAGGCCAAGCGACCGACACUAGCCUUUUCCCAUCAUCCCCACCAUCGACCGGGACGAGUCGCACGGUUGGGACAGAAUUGGCUGCGACUUUAGUGCUAUGUACAACAGCCCACAGCAAGUGUGGCUGUUAUUUGCAGUCCUUCCAACCGGUCGGAUGCAUUCGUCCACAUGUUUGGGAUUCUCGCUACAUUACCGACCAGGCCCAUUCCUUUUAGCACUCGGCGGACCCCUCUCAGAGAUUAAAAGGGAUGGGAAUUGAAAAGAUAUAUCCCGGCCUUCCGCUGCCCACGCCCCCCAAGAAGAGUUUUUUCCGACAGCAAACCUCUGGGCAAGGGUAUAGGUUAUGGCCGGGGUUACUUACUCGGGGGAGCGUUUGUAUUGAGCGAAAGGGCUGAACAGCUAAUAACUUUGGUAUCACAAAUUCUAAUCCUCCACGUUGUCACCAAUUAGAAAGGGACAGUAUUUUUACCAUUUAAUGAUAAUGCUAAAUGAAUGCAAUGCCCCUUCGCAGGCAUUGUAAAACAGGUAUUACAUUGUAUUUUUACUUCGAUGACUACCUUAACGUACCUUGACCACCCUCGCGCAACAGCCACCACGAGGUCUUCUUAUUUCUAUCUCUAGAUAUCGUUAGUUAUUUUCUAGCACAUUUGAUCCUUGAAGUAACCCCGGCCAUAAAGCAUACGCUUGCCAAUCUCUGCAUCACCAAGGUAUCACACGAAUAUGGUCAGUCUUUCUCCGUUACUGUGUUUCGGACGCAUCCGGCUGGGACUGUCGUCCUUUUAACCGGUUCCUAUACUAAUGCAAUCAUGUGGCGUGGGGUUCGUAGUUGUUGCCGCCAUUCACUGUUGGACAGAGUGCUAUCAGACUUGCACGAAUACUUAUUGUUUCGAACAGCAAAUUAUGCCCCAUCCCAACUACUAUGGCUGUGAGUAACCCGCAUCGAAAUGCCCCCUGCCCAAAGUGCUAUCCUUCGACUUGAUUUCGUCACUUAACUUCAAUGGAACCGGGAUAAAUGGUAAGCAAAAAACGGUACUGACCAUCUUCAUGCUUCCCCUGUUGAGUAAGUCCCGCCUGAGAUUAACGGACGAUUUGCUCAUUAUCCUGUACGGACGCCCUAUAGGCUGCUGUUUUCACUAAUGUCAUUUUGUGGUGGUCUUAUUUAUGCAGGUGCACGCCCGGUCCCGUGGUCCAGUGACAGCCCUGACACGCCAGCCCACUGAGGGUCGUAGCCGAGAGGGCGGUCUGCGUGUGGGAGAGAUGGAGCGCGACUGUUUUAUCGCCUACGGUGCCUCGCAACUCCUGCUGGAGCGUCUUCUGCUCUCGAGCGACGCCUACGACGCUGUGGUCUGUGAGCGUUGCGGUCUGUUGGCUAGCUCGCGCACCUGGUGCCAGUACUGCCGCAGUAGUCAACGCAUCACCUCCGUGCGCAUGCCCUACGCCUGCAAACUCCUCCUGCAGGAGUUAAUGUGCAUGCGCAUCCUUCCCCGUCUCAAGCUUGCUGAGCCCAACGAAAAGGCUUCGCAGGCGCUUGUCGCUGCCAAGUGCUGA